UCUGGAUUUAUGUGAAGAGCGAUUACUCCUCACAAAGAUUUAAGCAAUGGAUCUGGUCGCAAGCAUCCGCAAAGAAGGCAGCCGUGGUGGCCGCGGCGACUUCAAAUGGUCCGAUGUCAAGGAAUCUUCGCACCGUGAGAACUAUCUUGGCCAUUCGUUAAUGGCCCCUGUUGGCCGCUGGCAACAGGGCCGUGACUUGCAGUGGUACACAAAGACCGAUGAGGGCGAAGAGGAAAGAAUUAGGAAAGAACGCGAAGAGAAACAACUUGUCAAGGAAGCCGAGGAAGAAGCCAUGGCCCGGGCUUUGGGCCUGCCAGUUCCAGAGAAGCGCGCCAGCUCCAACGCCAAUCUUACGCCGCUGGGUGAGAAAGACGUCCAAAACGCAAUCCGAGAUACAGCCGAGGGACAGGAGCUAGCGAUAGACGAAGCGGGCAAGGGAAUUGGCUACGUUUCGUUUGGGGGGAAAUCAGCCACUAUGUCUCGCACGGGCAAUGGCGAUAAACUUGAGCCUGUCGGUUUGGGUACUAGCUCAGCAGACAAGCGGAGACGGCGAAGUGAGCGUAGCAGGAGUCCAUGGAGAGAUAGGAGGCGAGAUCAUCUGGGUGAUAGAAACAAAGACAGGGAUCGAGAUCACAGAUACCGUAAGCAUCGCGACGAGCACGAGCAUCGGCACAGGAGCCAUCGGCACAGGUCUCGGUCCCGGUCGCGAGACCACCGGAGAAGGUACUCACGCUCACGGUCAAGAAGCAGGGACAGAAGAGUCAACGACGAAGGCAGGAGACGCCGAGACGACCGGCACCAUACUACCCGCCCAAGGGAUAGAGACUCAGACUACCAUCGUCGGCGUUGAUGUUAUUUUUUCAGAUGUUCGUCUUGUCUACAAACGGAGUUGGGGCGUUUGUCCAGAGACUCUAGUGUAUAAGAGCUAUUCCCUAGUUUGGACCAUUCUCUAUACAACAGUCACUGCUGUUCUCUAUAACUCGUCAUGUCCCUUACUCUCGCCUACUGGAAGAUCAGGCAUCGACAUCAUCUUCACCACCAUACUAGUCCAUCCAGUGAA